AUGCACCCUGGGCGGAGCGUGCCAAGCAUCCGUGCAGCGUCCGCGGCUGCGGACCCCUCGAGCGUGCUUGCGCGCGAGGAUGGAUGGAAUGCGCCGCCACAUGUUGUAGAGCGGCUCAAAGAGGAGGGGAAAGAGUACGCGCGCAUGUUUGUGGCGUUGGCGGAUCUUGGAAAUGUCCCCGAGCGCCAGGAAUGGACGAAGCGCGAGCUAUGGGGCGAGUCCGGAAGGAUACAGAGCUCGACUGCUGUGCAGCGCCGCACCCAGCAGGCCGAGGAACAAAAGAAGAAAGCGUGGACGCGCAUGCGGCGGUCGCCGCUCACGCGCCUUGCGCCCCGCGGAUCCGGGCGCUCGCGGCGUGCGCAGGAGGUGUAUGCGGCUUGGGAAAAAUCGGCGGCUGACGCCAAGCAGGCGGCCGACAAGCUGGAAGGGCACAAAUCACGCCACGCGCAGCUCGAGCGUGAGCGCGCCGACCUCGUCCGCGCGCGCCUCACGUAUGACACACUCCGUGAGCAAAUUCGCUUGCUGGGCGACUCUCUUUUUGACGACGAUACAUGCACGCUCUUUCCCGUGCUAACGGCGCUGCGCUGGGAAGCGCAGGUCCAGGCGGGUCUCGACAAGCUCAUUCCAGCGGAGAUUGCGCGUGAGAAGCGCGCGCGCCAGACGCUCAAGACGGCCCAGUGGAACAUUGAGCAGUGCCUCAAGUUCCUGCGCGAGGCGCUCCAAAAGUGCAUCGACAUUGGCGUGCCACAAAACAAGAAGCACCACCUGCGCCUCUUUUCGGGGGGAACGCUGACCGUGACCCGCCAAAUCAUUCCUUUUCUCAUGAAUACCAAGACAUGCGCGGGCGACUUUUUCGCCAAGAUGGCGCAGUCGCGUCUGCGGCAGCCCAUGGUGCACCGUCCGCCGACGUUUGAGCUGAUCGAUCUGUCGUCGCUACCAGGCCGCGCCAAGUCCAAACCUGUGGACGAAAAAGACCUCUAUACCAGUCUCGAGACAUCCUAUGUCCAGUGCCAGCAGUGCCGCAUGUUUGUCGUGCACGAAAUCCGCACGUCGUUUGCGCGCGAAAAAGAGAUGCGCUUGCGCCAGACCGAGAUCGGCGCGCAGAUCGAGCGGGCGAACGAGGACGUGCGCGCCGCGCAGCACACGGUGCUCAUGGGCCUCGACGCGGGCACGAUCCAGUCGGCGAAUGCCGAGCUCGAGCGCAUCUAUGGCGCGAAGCUCGCGCAGCUGGCCUCCUCCGAUGCGAAGGCCGUGGACGAGCCCACGGACGAGGAAAUUGCCGUGGCCAUGCAGGCCUCUACCGUAAAAGAAUCAUCGCACCCUACCCACCUGCAAGAGCUCAUCGGAAAAGACGCGCUCGUCGCCGAGCUCUUUGGCGAGGAGGAGGUGGAGCCCGCGCCGUUUGAGCCGGCGCCUUCGUCGACGAUCCCCCCCUAUGCAUCGAGCGACGCAGGCAGUUCCAAGACCAAGGCGGUUAGCUCACACGUCCCGGUUAUUGGCAUGUCUAUGGAGCUCUACCACGCAACCAGCGCGCGUCUGCGUACGCUCCUCGCCGACGUCGACGCACAGACGCGUGUGGAGGAAGAGGAGGAGGACUUGCCUUGGCAUCAUGUUACUCUUUUUGCUGCGCGCCCCGUGUCUUCGCGCCUGAAGUCGGGUGGCCAGUGGGUCUGGUACGAGUCAACAGAAGGCGGCCACGGCGCGACUUCGUGGGGCCGGAUGCAAGCCAUGCUCACGAAUGCGACGCGUCGUGGCGACGGAGCACGCAAUAGUGAGUCGGAUAUUGUGCAGGAGAAUGCUCAAGAUGGGGCGCCGGUUCCGUGGUGGCAAGAGCGGCGCUUUCCGUUCCUCUUCCCGCCGCCGCAGUUUCCGCUGAAUCUUCCUCCGCCUGUCCGCCUCGCCUCCAUCCCGUGGCUGCAGCGUUGGCGCUGGCGUUGGCACGAUCUGUCGCAACUCGGUGCGCAGAUGGAGCAGGAUAAGUUCGACACAGAGACCUUUCCCGAGCUGGACUGGGACGCCAAAGUCCGCUGUUCGCCCGAUUUGCACCCGGAAGAAGAGGCAUUCAUCGCCAAGCGCCGCCACCUCAUGUCCUCCGAAGGCGACAAUUCGCUCGCCAAGUUUUUGCAGCUGCCAGAAGACACGUACGUCCACCCCGACGACGUACCGCUCAUUGCCAUUGGCGGCUCGGGCGGCGGCUACCGCGCAAUGUAUUCCUACGCCGGCUUUAUCAAAGAGGCGGAAAACACGGGCUUGUGGCAGUGCACGACGUGGGCGUCGGGCGUGAGUGGCAGCUGCUGGACCCUCGCGGCCUACUACACGAUCGCAUCCUGCUCGACCGAUGUGCUCAUUGCCCAUCUGCUUGCAAUGGCGCACGAGCAGGCACACCCCAUGAGCGUGCAGGCCAUGGACCGUAUCGCCCGCUCGCGCUGCGGUGUCUAUUACCUGCUCGGCCCGCUGCUGCGCAAGUCGCAGAACCGCAGCAUUUCGUGCCGCAUCAUGGACUUUUACGCAACCCUGGUCCUCUCGUACCAGUUCCUUCCCCGGCCUCUCUCGCUUUUUGGGACCGACUUUUCCUACAACGGCCCCCAGCCCCAGCGCGCCGCGACACUCGACGCAAGCGCGCCGCCCGGCGUCGACUACGAGCCGAGCGAGGGACUCAGCCGAAAGUCCUUCCAGUGGUCCAAGGUGUGGGAGCGUGCGUCGCUGAACGACGCCAAGGCGCCCCUCCCGAUCCUAACCGGCGUGCGCCGCGUAUGGCGCCCACGCCCAAAGAAGCCCAGGGGCGAUCCCUCGGUGCCGGCCGGCAGCGCGCCGCCGGAGCCGCAUCCGGCUGCUGUCUCCAACGAAACGACGCAGCCAGAGGCGUACGAGCAUCAGACGCCGGUCGGUGGCGGAUACGACUGGUACGAGAUCUCGCCCCUGGAGCUUGGCUCGCGUAAUGUCGGCGCGUGGAUUCCUACGUGGAGCUACGGCCGCCGCUUUGAGAAUGGCGAGUCGACGCAGCGCCAGCCAGAGAUUAUGCUAUCGAUGGUCGUGGGCCAGUGCACGGGUGCGCCUGCGGGGCCCAUGACCGCAUACAUCUCGACGAUGCUUGCCUCGAUUCCCCAAGGCACGGUCAUGUCGUCCAUGCUUAGCUGGGUUAACGAGUUUGUCAAGAUGAAGCGCUGGGAGAAGCGCUGGGGCAACCCGAUUCGCGCGGCCGAUGAGCCGAACCCCUUCUAUGGCCACGGCAUGGACGACCGCGUGGUGCCCAUUCCGCCCGAAGCGCAGGAGCCGCUCAUGAAAGAGGGGCCGUCGCCGGCCGAAAUCCCGGCGUUGCGCCGCCCGACGAGCGUGGUGGACGAGCCGUAUGUCGACAACCGCCUGACGGCUGCGGGCGAGAUCCCCGUCGAGCAGACGGGCGAAAAGACGCCCAAGCCUGCGCCUGCGCUCUUCAUGCCAAGGGACGCUACGAACCAAAUGCUUGCGGAUCCCGUCACAGCGCCUGUGCCUGCGACGCUCGCGCAGCCUGCGCCCGAAAAAGGAGUCGAUGGCGGCGUUCCUGACGUAUCCGAGCAGUUUGUUGAUGCGCCCGAUCCCGCCAACGACUCGUACAUGAACGCAUUCUUCUCCAAGCUCCCUCAAGUGCAGAUGCCACACAUGCCCAAGCUGCCCGACAUUACGAUUGAGAAUCCGUUGCGUCUGCAGCGUCGGCGCAGCGAUGCCUCGAUCACCUCGUCCAUGUCCGACUUUGACCCCGAGACGUUCAUGGCGCCAAUGCAGCCACCGCACGUCGCUGGCGGCGCCGAGUCGAGUGAUGAGUCUCCUGCGCGCCACGCGUGGUCGUGGGAGCACUCGAAGCGCCUGCGCCUGAUGGACAGUGGCCUGUCGAACAACCUGCCGAACCAUGUCCUUGCGCGCGAUGAGCGCCACGCCGACGUCAUCAUCUCGUUCGACUCUUCGUCGGACGUCAAGACUGGUGCGGCGGUCGAGCGCCUGCACGAGUUUGCGGGCGACUGUGGGCUCGAGAUCAAGAUGCACUCCUCGACGCAAGCUGAUCUCGAAGCCGCGAACAAGGCGACCGCCGACAACGAAGCACACGAGGAGGCCGUGGCGAAUGGCCACUCGCCCUCGCCCGAUGUCUCGACGGCCGUGCAAGAAGAAGCGGAGCGGAUCCGUGCCGAGUACGAGCCAAAGAGCGCGCAGCGCUUCGAUGGAUGGCGCAUGCGUAACGGAGGCACCGACGGGCGCGACCCCGACGUCCACAUGAUCUACUGCCCCCUCUUCCCGAAUGCCGUGCAGCCCGGGUUUGAUCCGACGACGGCGCAUUACAGCACGUCGUAUAAUUUGAUCUGGACGGCGGACCAAGUGCGUGCACUUCUGCGUACGGCUAUGGCCAACGUGGAAGAGGGAAGCUAUGGAAUCCAAGUCAUCCGCGCCGCAGUCCGCGACGCGUACGAGAGCCGCCGCGCGGCGCGCCUCGCGAGGGAAGCCUGUACAUAG